GGCACCCUGGACCGCUUCGUCGGCCGCCUUUCUGCUGAAGACGAGGGGCCUCCUCUUCACUCGCCACGGCUUCCCGCUGAGGUGCAGGAGGCACAGCCAGAUCUCCGAGCCGCGAUGGGCUACGGAACCCAUCAGCUUGAAGUGAAGGCGGAGGGCGGCGGGCCUCCCGACUUCCAGGCAGCGUCGUCCUCGGAGACUCCUCCUCGUGCAAAGAAACACGUGGAGAAGGACCCCCACGACUGCAGCGGCGUGGCCUUGUGCAAAAGCCAGGUGGUGGA